UUAAUUUACAAUAAAUUUAUAUCAAAUUUAACAUUGGAAUUCAUGUUGGAUUUUCUGAUGUAGAGCAUAGUACAGUUUUUUAUAAAUACGUGUUUUCUAUAAAAGAAUGUCGUGUGGUGUUAAAGCGUGUAAAACUAACAGAAUAUUAAAUCUAUAUGGUAUUAAUUUAUUUUUAGUAGAUUUUUAGUAUUUUUAGGUAGAUGGCUUAAAUAAAAGUUCAAUAUAAACAAAUAAAGGUGGAAAUUAUUAAAUAUGCUGUUUACUUAUUUUUUCUAACCUGAAAAUCUAAUUUUGCUUCUCCAGAGUCACUUGUAAUUCACAACGACAACCUAUUCAAUAGCAUCUACCUACCAGGUACAGCCAUAAAUAACAAAACGAUUCGUACGUCAAAAGUUUUGACUCAAAACAUUAUUGCAAAUCGAUUGUCAAAACUUACUUGCUUACUUCACAUGUAUUUUCGAUACUAUUUUCACGUCAUACGGACGCAUCGACAAUCAGCGCUGCUGGUAAUGAAAAAAAAGACUUAAUUUGUGCAAUUUAGUGGACAGGUUUUGUCAAUUUUCCCUAUUAAGUUCGGGCUCCUUAUGUAGGCUCCAUGGCUUGAACAAAAUUUAAGAAGAAGAAGUAAUGUUUGUUAGGUUGGCAAUUAACCUUAUAUUUUUAGGCUGUCAUUUUUCUGUCAAAAUAGUAAACAAACGUGAGAAUUUUUGCGGUGAUAUUUGGAUCAAUUUAUUUUAAUCGAAAUGUCCGAUGAAGAUGAAGUUCAGUUUGUGAAAAAGCAAAAAACUAUUCAUUACGGUUCUUUGGAAGAUUCGGAAAGAGUUAGGUUAGAAGCCGAGGACGAUAAUAGUAACGAUAAUGUUCCAAUUCAAACACAAAAUGCAGAAACAAGCGAGUAUAUGGAACUCGAAGAUGCAAUGUCUAGGGAUAAACAAGCUUUACUGGAGGAAUUUGAAAGACGAAGAAAAGCUAGGUCUAUUAAUGUUUCAACAGAUGAUGCAGAAGUAAAAAGAAAUCUCAGGCAUAUAGGUGAACCCAUAUGCCUAUUUGGAGAAGGACCUGCUGAUCGCCGAAGUAGAUUAAGAGAAAUUCUUAGCAAAACUGGUGAAGAUGCGGUGAUCAGAAGAGAGGCAGAAGAGGAAAAGAGGCUCUUUGAAAAAGACCAAGAACAAACUUGGUAUCAUGAAGGUCCAGAAAGUCUUAGAACAGCAAGGUUAUGGAUUGCACAUUAUUCUUUGCCAAGAGUAAAGGAACGUUUGGAGGAAGCCAGGCGGCUGUCGGAUUUACCAACUGCAACUAAAACAGCAAAAAUGCAAGAGCUACAAAAGAAGUUGCAAAAUAUGUCAAUUUACUCAAGUCAAAUUGGGGAUACAAGGCCAAUUUCAUAUUGUCAGUUUAGUCCAAACUCAAAGUUUUUAGUAACUGCUUCAUGGACUGGGUUAUGUAAGUUAUGGUCGGUACCUGAUUGUGAACUAAAACAAACUCUAAAAGGUCAUACAUGUAAUGUAAGUUCGAUUAUUUUUCAUCCCAAGGCAACAAUUAGCCAAGAAGACAAUAUUUGCAAUAUGGCUUCCUGUGCUUCAGAUGGUUCAGUAAAAUUAUGGGAUUUUAAAAGUGAGGAACCUAUAGCUGACAUUGAGGGCCAUAUGCCUCACAGGGUGUCCCGAUUAGGAUUCCACCCAUCUGGACGGUUUCUUGGGACAUGUUGUUUUGACAACUCUUGGAGGCUUUGGGAUUUACAGCAAUGCACAGAGGUGUUGCAUCAGGAGGGGCAUGUUAAACCAGUUUACUGCAUUUCCUUUCAAGUCGAUGGGUCUGUUUGUGCCACUGGUGGUUUGGAUUCGUUUGGGCGUGUUUGGGAUUUAAGGACAGGAAGAUGCAUCAUGUUCAUGGAGGGUCAUCUUAAAGCGAUUUUCGGUAUUGAUUUCUCACCAAACGGCUACCACAUUGCGACCGGAAGCGAAGAUAACACAUGCAAAAUAUGGGAUCUGCGGAAAAGAUCGGUGCUUUACACGAUUCCCGCUCAUACAAAUCUCAUAUCCGAAGUGAAGUUCCAGAAAGAAAGCGGCAACUUUUUGGUCACCUCCUCCUAUGACAACACUGUAAAGCUGUGGACCACCAGGACUUGGCAACCCUUAAAAACGUUAUCGGGGCACGACGGUAAAAUUAUGUCUGUUGACAUUUCGCCUGACAAUCAAUUUGUUGCGACCGCAUCGUAUGAUAGGACAUUUAAAUUUUGGACGCCAGAAUUAAAUUAAGGUUUUUAUUGUUUUUUAAUGAAUAAAAUAAGUAUCACAUUAAUUUGAAGUUAUGUUUCUCAUUUGUCGUACAGCAGCCACAUAUCUUGCUGAACAUCCCACACUUUGCGCCUGGUAUUGGUCGGAAGGUAUUUUUAAUAAUACAGCCAAUUGUUGAAGGUUUUCUGAUACUGAAAAACCCAAGUCCUUCAAAACAUUAUUUAAGUAACC